CCCGCACCGGCCCUGCCUUCGUCCCGGCGACGGAGCGGGGCCGGGACGAGCGCAGGGCCCCGGGGAUCCGGUUUCCCCCCUGCCGAGCUCCGAGGGUGGCAGAGGGACCGGCGGGGAGCGGCGGUGCGGGGCGGCUGUUGCCAUGUUCUUCCUCUUCCGUACACCCACACGGCGGGGCACCGCCGGCCCCGCGUCCCCCAACCGCUCCCAGAGCACCCGGGGCGGCCGCCGCAUCCACCCGGCCCCACGGUUUGGGGGGCGGAGGAGCCGCGGCACCACCAGCACCUUGGGGCGGCCGAGCCCUGGCUGCGCGUGUUUCCCUAUGGAGCAUCAUCGGGCCUCCGAGGAGACGGGGUCCCCGCUGCCCCCUGCUUCCCGGCAGGACGGGAAGCCACGCUCUGGCCCCGUGCCUCCCGGUGCCGGGGACCCCGAGGAGGGGUCGGAAGCGGCGCAGUCCCCCCCAUUGCAAGGCUACUCAGUGCUGCAGGGACUGGUGGGGCCGGCCUGCAUCUUCCUGCGGCAGAGCAUCGCCGUCACCCAGCGGGACCGAGAGCUGCGGCCUGAGGAGAUCGAAGAGCUGAAGCAGGCGUUCCGGGAGUUCGACAAGGACCGCGAUGGCUACAUCAGCUACAAGGACCUGGGCGAGUGCAUGCGGACCAUGGGCUACAUGCCCACCGAGAUGGAGCUCAUCGAGCUGUCCCAGCAGAUCACCGGGGGAAAAGUGGAUUUUGAUGACUUUGUGGAGCUGAUGGGCCCCAAGAUGCUGGCGGAGACAGCGGAUAUGAUCGGGAUCAAGGAGCUGCGCGAUGCCUUCCGCGAGUUCGACACCAACGGCGACGGGCAGAUCAGCAUGGCAGAGCUGCGGGAGGCCAUGCGCAAGCUGCUGGGGCAGCAGCUCAACUACCGCGAGGUGGACGAGAUCCUCAAGGACGUGGAUCUCAAUGGGGACGGGCUGGUGGACUUCGAAGAGUUUGUGCGGAUGAUGUCGCGCUGAGGGCGGCGUGUGCCAACACAGGACCACACCGUGCCUUAAGAAGAGGAGGGGGCCAUGGAGACACCCGGUACCGGUGCUGAUACCGGUACCCAAGCCCGGGGCAAGGCCCUCACCGGCGGUGCUCAGCCUCAUCCUUGGCUUUGUGCUGAGGUCCCAUCGCAGUGGGCACCGGGGAUGCCACCGGGCUGGGCU